UUAAGCAUUAUAAAAUAAUUCUGGUUAUAUAAAAAUUAUAUCAAACCAAAUAUCUAGGCUGUGUUAUUAUCAAAUACAAUGUUGCUACAUGUAAACCAUUUCGAUUUAAAUAUUUAAUUGAAAUAGGCUGGGCUACAACACAUUUCACUGCCACUGGGUGUGCGCGUACAUGUGUGCGUGAAUGGAAAUCAUUGACGUAAUGCAUCAACCUUGCGUUCACGGAGUCAGAGGUCGAGGUUUUUGUCACUUUCUUAAGGGCAAUAAACGGUAGGCCUAUUAACUAGAGAGGAACGUCUAGAGAGGAACAUCUAGAGCACUACUCUUUCAAAUAGACAAUGUAUAUAACACUAAACAAAAGGAUAGUUGACACAUAGUCUAGGCUACAUAAAAUAUUCAAAAUGUUAUUGUAUUGUUAAGCAAAAUGCACAGUCCCUUCCCGCUUGCCUGUUUCACGGUUUAGACGUCCGAGCACUCCGUGAGAAUAGGAGGGGGUUGAAGGUUGGUGGGGAGAGAGGAGGGGGUCGAUGUCGUGAACAGGGGGGGCGCAAAAACGCUUGUGACUGUGUGUCUGAGGGGCUAGCCGCUUUAGCUAUAUAGCACACAUCAACCAUGCACGACAUAAGAAGCUGAUUUGAAGCUGCAAAAGGAAAAAUUCAAUAAAAAGCAAAGAACUUCCUUUGGUAGCAGGGCAGUGUUUUAACAGUGGAGAGGUGGAUAAGGAAACAGGCUUUAUUAUUUUAUUCCUUAAACCUGUCUAUAUGAUUUCGUGGUUUCGUUCGUUGUAUGUGUGGGGUUUGGAACAGAAGUAAGGCAAUAAUUGGAAUUGUCGUAAAAAAGUUAUUCAGCUGUAACAUUGUCAACAGAAAAACAUGAGCUCCUAUUUCGUGAACCCUCUCUUUUCCAAAUACAAAGGCGGUGAAACGUUGGAACCAACUUACUAUGACUGCAGGUUCCCUCAAAGCGUCACCCCGAGUCACGCGCUGGUGUACCGUGCGGGAGCGGCGGCGACGGGAUUUCAGCACCCGCCCCAUCACGUCCAAGACCUCUUUCACCAUGGGACGGCGGGGAUCUCCACACCAGGCUACCAGCAGAAUCCAUGCGCCUUGGCUUGCCAUGGAGAUGGCACUACAUUUUAUGGAUACGAAGCCCUUCCGAGACAAACGCUUUAUGGUACCCAACAAGAGGCAAGCGUGGCCCUAUACCCAGACUGUAAAUCGUCAAAUGGCACUAACCUCGGAGAAGGACAAGGCCACCUAAAUCAAAACCAGUCUCCUAGUCUCAUGUUUCCAUGGAUGAGACCGCACGCCCCAGGAAGACGGAGUGGCCGACAGACCUACAGUCGAUACCAAACACUGGAGUUGGAGAAGGAAUUUCUAUUCAACCCUUACCUCACCCGUAAGCGUCGGAUCGAGGUGUCUCAUGCUUUAGGGCUGACGGAGCGGCAGGUGAAGAUUUGGUUCCAAAACCGACGGAUGAAGUGGAAAAAGGAGAACAACAAGGACAAAUUUCCGUGCCAAAGAGUAGAGACGGAGAAAGAGGGUGAUGGUGAUGGUGAGGGAGAGGGCGAGGGAGAGGGCGAAGAUGAAGGCAAUGAUGAUGGUGAAGGAGAAGAGGGAGACAAAGGGGAAACGGGAGAGGAAGAGGAGACGAAAUAGUGAUUUUUAUUGCUCUUUCUUUUUAUGGUUAUAUGGCUUAAAAGUUGAAAGAUGGUCCCGGGAGAAGGAGAUCACAUUUUAUCACCACCGUUUUAUUGCGUCAACAAGAUGAGAGAAAAAUAUCUGUUCUGGAUUCCAGCAAAAAGCUCUCUCUAUGAGGAUAAUAACUACUAAUAAUGUUUAGCUUAUACAGUCUCCAAACGCUGCAAAGGCUCUCAUAACAUAAAGACCUAAAGCACUUGCAAAUCAUAUUGUUAAUAUGCGCAUAUGUCCAUAUCACAGAAUGCACAAGAGGAUAGGAUGGCUGAAAAUGUUUAAAUGUUUAAUCAAUGUUGUCAUUCGAGGAAAAGGGUUCACUAUUAAUACAAAUUCUUUGUACUUUUUUUUUUCCUCAAGUUUUUUUUAUGUGGAUUUUGUGUGUAUUGGGAUGAUGGGAGUUUUAUUUUAUUUUAUGCAUAACUGCCAAUUCCAAAGGUGGGGAAAGGGGUGGCAGUUGGCCAAGUGGUUAAGAUCCUUCCGCCAGUAACCGAAGGUCUCUGGUACGAAUCCCCGCGCUGAUUAGGUGCAAAAUCUGUCAAUGUGCCCUUGAGCAAGGCACUUAACCCUACUUGCUCCUGUAAGAGGUUCUGCUGAAUUUGCGAUAUGGACUCCUGGUUAGAAGGGCACUUUCAUAAGGGAUGUUUCAUGUUGUUGUAUCUCAAAUAUAGGCCUGGUAAUGUAGCCUAUAUUUUGUGAGCGCUGUCUGAGCUUUUGAUCGCAGAUGAUCCCCGGGCCUAUUCAAUCCGAUUAAAAAACAAAACAAAUCGGAAAUUCGCCAUAUGUAGAAUAUUUCUUGAUUCUUGACCUAAUUCUGAAAAAUGUAAGAUUCUAGAAGGCAGCAAUAACUUAUUUUUGUGUGAUUAUUAGCCUAUAUUGGUUUUAAUAGACCGGGAACUCUUUACUACCUAAGUAGAUCUACAUGCACUUGGAGGUGAUGUUAAAAUCUACCAAGAAAACGGUUUUGUCAUUAGCAAUGUUGAUCUAUACAUUCUCACUGAAGGGACAAGGCAGUGCAAUGAUAGGCCUAUAACACAUUAUAUUGCAUUUGAUUGCGCGAUACUUAUGGUUUUACUUGUGGCGGUAUAGUAGGCCUAUAUUGAUCUUCGAAAUAAGUGUCUCUGCGCCAUUCUACCUAGCCAGCUAAAGGACGGUGUCACUAAAAUUAGUGUCCCAACAACUUAAACUGCCUUAAGUAAUGCACAUUUAUUUAACCGAUAUGUUAUAAUUGAACAAAGAACUGUACUUCAGCUUUUAAAUAGCAUUAGCCUACAUUAUUGUGCUGAUGCAAUAGACUCGUUUUUAAUGCACUGAAUAUGACCUCUAUGUAUGUCUUCGUAUAUCUUGUUGUAUGAAUCAGCUUGAUUUCUUAUGUUUUAAGUUCAAGGAGGGGAUGUUGGUUGCGAGUGCACACAUCCUUGAUUGGCAUGGACAUGUUAAAAUAAAUGGCAAAAAAUCUGAA